ACCUUCUUUACGCCUCUCGAGAUCUCGUCUUGCCCUCGUCCUUCUCUGACGUCUUCUUUUUUUUCCCUUUUCUUUUCUUUUUUGGGAUUUCACUCGUUUUGCUUCUCCUCUUCUCUCACACGCUCUUCACUUCCUCUUUUUGCUCUCGUCUCUUCUCGGACCGCGCCGUGUUUUUGUUUUCAUCCUCCGCUCUCUUUCCUCUCCUUCUUUCCAUCUUCUCAUCAGUGCUCUCGACUUUCCUCCGCACACCCCAUGACAUGGGGUCUCUCUCUCUCUCUCACACACACACACACACACACGCACACACACACACACAAUGCAGGACUAAUCCCAGUCCAGUGAGUUCCUCGAGUAAAUGUGUAAAGAUGAUGUGAUGGUGAUGUCAGGAAGGUGUGAUGUGUUGAAAUGUUGUAUGAGUGUAGUGUGUAGAUUCUGUGUGUGUGUGUGUGUGUGUGUGUGUGUGUUGAAACUCAAACUAUCAGCUGAUCGUCUGCCAGAGCGGCGUUCGCACUUGGGGAUGAUAUUUGGGCCUUUUUGCCGAUAGCCGCGUGCGAGUUUUGUCACGGGUUUAUCAACGCGGCAGGUUCCCGUGAAGUCGGAACAGGAAAGAGGGAACGGAUCUUCAAAAUCUUCCGCUGAUCAAAAGCCGUUUUAAAAAAAAACAACUUUUUUUUUACCCCCGUUCCGGAAAAGGGAGGAGUACACACACACUCGUGUUAUUUCGACGUUUUUCACAGGCUGUCGUUCCGGUUUGUAGACGAAUCCACCCGAACACUCGUCUCAGACACCGCACAGAGCGACCGAUCCCGUCCCGACUUUUUUGAGACGUAUCGCGGCCAUCGAAUUCAAAAUGGCCUUUCUUUUUUUUUUCUUUCUUAAAACGGUACAUUUCCUCAGGGUAAACGUUUGAUGCGUUUUCUAUGUUCCACUGUGAAUAAAGUACGGCUUUACGAGAUUUGAAAAUCACUGCGUUCUGUUUUUAUUUACGGUUCACACAGCGUCCCAACUUUUUUGGAAUCGUGCUUGCCGUUCCACCCGACUGCUCACGUGUUUUUUGACUGUGUUAAAAACUUCGAGCAGAUAAGACUGGACUCAGUGCGCGUGUGUGUGCGUGUGCGUGUGUGCGCGUGCGUGUGCGUGCGUGUGUGUAGGGUUUUUUCCGCAGGAGCAUCCAGAAGAACAUGGUGUACACAUGCCACCGAGAGAAGAGCUGCAUCAUCAACAAGGUCACACGCAACCGCUGCCAGUACUGUCGCCUGCAGAAGUGCCUAGAAGUGGGCAUGUCCAAAGAGUCGGUCCGGAACGACCGGAACAAGAAGAAGAAGGAGGAGAAGAAGCCGGAGUGUUCCGAGAGCUACGUGAUGAGUCCCGACACGGAGCAGAUGAUCGAGCGCGUGAGAAAAGCUCACCAGGACACCUUUCCGUCGCUGUGCCAGCUGGGCAAAUACACCACGAACAACAGCGCCGAUCACAGAGUCUCUCUGGACGUGGACCUGUGGGACAAAUUCAGCGAACUUUCCACCAAGUGCAUCAUCAAAACCGUGGAGUUCGCCAAGCAGCUGCCCGGCUUCACCACGCUGACCAUCGCCGAUCAGAUCACGCUGCUCAAAGCGGCCUGCCUCGACAUCCUGAUUUUGCGGAUCUGCACGCGCUACACUCCGGAUCAGGACACCAUGACGUUCUCGGACGGACUGACGCUGAACCGGACGCAGAUGCACAACGCCGGAUUCGGGCCGCUGACCGACCUCGUGUUCGCCUUCGCUAAUCAGCUGCUGCCGCUGGAGAUGGACGACGCGGAGACGGGCCUGCUCAGCGCCAUCUGCCUGCUCUGUGGAGACCGUCAGGACUUGGAGGAGUCGGACAAGGUCGACAUCCUGCAGGAGCCGCUGCUCGAAGCCUUGAAGAUCUACGUGAGGAGGAGGAGGCCUCAUAAACCACACAUGUUCCCCAAAAUGCUGAUGAAGAUCACAGACCUCAGGAGCAUCAGCGCUAAAGGAGCGGAGCGAGUGAUCACGCUGAAGAUGGAGAUCCCCGGCUCCAUGCCUCCACUCAUCCAGGAGAUGCUGGAGAACUCGGAGGGUUUAGAGGGCAGCAGCAUGAAUCCUCCCGGCAGCUGCAGCCCGAGUCUCUCACCCAGCUCAAUACACAGCAGCCCGUCAACACACUCGCCCUGAAUCUCUCUCGCACUCUCACACACACACACACACACACACACACACACAUACACACACACUUAUGUUAAGCAUGCUCGCCCUGAACAUGCUCCACGCACGCAUACAAGUCAGAGAGCGUAGUUUCAGGACAAUAAUGUGUAACAUGGCUGAUUGAGAAGCUCAACACACACACACACACACACACACACACACACACGCGCGCACACACACAGGCUGAGCCUGAGUCACACUCGCAUUACGAGCAAGAUGUGUGCUUCAGUGGAACUCCUGAGGUACCGAUCUGAUCUAAAGCAGCUUGCACGCUUGGUUGAAACCGAUUCCGAUCUAAUCCCAGAUGGAGGAUUCUGAUCAGCAGCGUGGAGAAGGACGUGAGCUUGCGGACCUGGUGCACGCUCCGAGGGACCUUUCCUAUUUCCGGAUGUACUCUACAGUGACGUUUUUGGAUUCCCUCAUCUGCAGAUUUACCAAACGAUGAGACGGCAUCCUAGAGACACAGGACGUCCGAUGUCCAAAAGUCAUCAGGGACAUUUAUUAUUAUUAUUAUUAUUAUAAUAAUUUUUUUUUUUGUUUUUUUUGUGUUCGUUCAUUUUCUUUUCUUACAAAAAAAAAGGAUAUAUGAAUAUAUGAAUAUCUAUAUUGACAGAAAAUGAGAUGAUUCAAAAAAAUUGUGUCGAUGCAGGAAAAAAAAAAACAAACAAAAAAAAACCCCCACCUCUCACAUUUCCUCUUAUUUGUCCCGAGAGACGAAUAGAGUUCAGUUCUGCUCACCGUCUCGGUUCACUGCAGAAGAAGAUUGUUGUGGAUGUUAUGGUGAUGUUUCUACGCCGUUCACUCAAGAUUCUGAACAAAUCUCGCCUUUAUAAAUCAAACUGGGCGGGGCCAGGGGCCGGGGGGUAGUAUGGGCGAUGGGUGAAAAAAAAAAAAACCCCAAACAUAGCUAAACACGGGAAAUUAUUCAGCUGGUCGUCAGUUUGUUUGAUUCAGAAGAUGAGCGAACGCGUUAUUAAGGACUGUGAGUAGUGAUGAAGAGAAAUCUAGGUUUACGAGAGCACAGGGGUGGACAAAUGAUCAAUUUAUUAGCUAGCUCCAGUGCUAUCUCGCGUUUUGGUUGCGUGGAAUCGGGGUUAAAAAGCUGUAGCUAACGUAACAUAACAAUAACGUACUACGACUAGCUAGUUAAACGCAUUAAUACAGACUAAGACAUGAACAAGUACGUAGCCAGUUUUCAUAUCCUGUCAUGAUCAGAUUUAUUGAUCGCGUUUUAACGAAGUCCCCGGCUACCGAUGUUGUCCACCCCCGGUGAACAAAACCGUAUCCGACCCCCAGACAAAACGUUUUAGACCAACGUCAGCAUUUCUUCACGUGAAGCGUAGCAUUUCGUAUCUUUUACAGUGCAAUCGAAUUCGGAAAGCCCGCCCCCCCCCGCCGUCGGCAGAGAGAUUAUUCCGCUGCCUCGUUCACACAACCGCAACACUGCCUCGGUUUUUCUUUAUCGUUCAUGACCGCCUACAACACCACUGCCUCUGUGAGACAAUCACUUUUCCUGUAGCGCCCCAAGAAUACCGCCGCAGCGGGCGACGAUGGAGACCGGGAUCGAGUGUCACGAACACCGGAGUUACGUCAUGACAGGAGCGAGUCUGUUAGUGAAAGAGAAUUCGAUUCAUUGAACCCCGCCCCCCCCUCCAAGAUGUUGCUGCAAACGAACACCAAACUGGCCUUUGAACUUCAUCCACCGUCCAAUCCGCCGACACGUCAUGGUUUUUACGUAUUCGCUACAAACUUGCAGCGAUCCGGUCCCGAUCCCAGACUUUUACCGCCACGAGCAUUUAAAAUCUACGACACGUGCCGCUUCCCUCCGAUCCGAUCCUGCUUUCCGCUGUAGACACGCGUUAACGAAUCGUCACUGUACCCGUGUGCAAUACCUCUUCCGAAAAAAAAAAAACAAACGAAAAAAAAUCGAAUCAAGACGCUUGAAAGACUUCCACGUUUCACUUUGACUAUGCACGCGACUUGCACAGAAACCCGAAUCGCGGUGUGUUCGGCUUCCUCUGGACUUCCUUCCCGUGUUUCGUGAACGUGAGCGUGAGCGUGAUGACGUAAGGACACUGCCCAAAAAACUUUCACUGCCAACGAGCCACAUCAUUUCAGACGUCUUAAAACACGUCAAAGUCACACGGCGUCCAGCACAAGGACAUCGAUCUGUUCUGUUCGGUUCUGUUCUGUUCUGUUCGGGUCUGUUCGGGUCUGCUCCAACACUUGUUACACAUUCAAACGCACAAAUAUUGUUUCUCUUGUAUCGUGAACUGGAUGAUGAAAAUAAUCUUUAUUAAAGACUGAUGUUUUGUGUGUGUUUCUGA